AUGGGGCGGCGAUCUGUGGACCGUUCCCCGACACCUUGUCCUCUUGACGUGUAUCAGGAGAUUCGCAAGGUCCGAGCACCGGAGGCCCACAGAGGCCCGACAGUCAAGCGCGAGGAAAGGCCCUCAGUUAUGCCAGGGCCAUACCCCAAGGAAGCGAUUCCACUAGCUUCUGGAGUCCAGACAUCUAGCCACUCCCCUCCACCAGCUGCAGGCUCACCAACCCCGGGGGCUACAGAAGCUGCGGAGGCUAGUGGUAGUGCUGCACAUAGCCAUGGGCAAGACAGAUCCGGUAACCCAGACGCUGACGAGCAGAAGCCCAAGACCUUCAGCGAGCGCCAAUAUCUGGAGAACAUGAAACAGGACCUAGGUCUUGAGAGCCUCAGAAACGAAGACUUGGGGCAGUAUAUGGAACAAAUGGCCUUGGUCAGAGCUAAGUUUGAUGUGUAUCGGGGAGAAAUGGAGAGGCAGGGCUACGUGCUGGUGCAUUGA